UCGUAGUUCAAAAGGAUUUUGGUUCAAAUACUCAUACUACUUCUCUCUACUCUCCUUGGAUUUACCUGAUUUUUGGACUAGAUACAGUAUAUUGAGAACUUCUGACGAUGAGAGACGAUUAAAUGUAAGUUUAUUGAACAUAUUGUUCAUUGCCUGGACUUCACUGGUGACAGAAAUGACAGUUUAAUAACAAUUUUAUAUUGCUCCUCCUCUGUGGGAAAUUUCAUCCUAGUCCCACUUAUACUCUUUUUUGAGCUGUCUCUACCUCUCUCCAGUUAUUAUCUCUUGUGUGUUGUGACUCUACUUCAUCCUUGGCUCUACAACAGGAUUAUUGGUGGAAUUAAUCCCCUGGAUUAAUCAUCUUGAUUAAUCCACCAACAAUGGCUAAUACGAGGAUAUCAAAGAACCUUGUCAAGGACGCACUCAAGGACGAUGAUGUACUGGCCUACAUAAAAGGGGCUAUAAUGGAAGCUCUAGACUCCAAGUUCGACGAACUCAUUAAACGCCUUGACACCCAAGAUGGAUCAAUAUUGGAACUCCACAACAGGAUUAACAACAUUGAAAGUAGCCUAGCUAAUCUACAAAAGAGACACCAGAAAUGUGAGGAGAGAAAUAAAUGGUUAGAAAAACAACUUAAUGAUCAGGAGCAAUAUUCCAGGAGAAAUUGUGUCCGUCUCUUCGGAGUACCUGAAAAGGAAAAUGAAAAUACCAAUCAGAGAGUUUGUGAAAUAGCACAGCAACAACUUGGUGUGGAUCUCCAUCUUCAGGAUAUCGAUAGGAGCCAUCGUGUACCACGUCGCACCGAUCCCGCAUCUAAUGAAAGAAGAGAGAUCAAACCGAGAGCAAUUAUAAUCAAGCUUACAUCAUAUCAACAUAGACAAAAGUUACUACAGAAUAGAAGGAAACUGAAGAGCACCAAAAUGAGUCUGCAUGAGGAUUUGACAAAGACUAAUCGUUCACUUCUUUGGGAAGCCAUGAACGCCAGCAAAGUACAAGGAUCGAACAUCCUCGCAGCAUGGUCUACCAAUGGAAGAAUAAUUGUAUCGGUGAAGACGAACAAUGGUUCAAUGAAGAGACAAGUAAAUAGCAAAGAGGACCUCCUUGCCAUCGGUUGAUGUGCCCCCCCCCCCUGUCUUCUGAUUGGACCUGUGUAUUUAACAUUAUCUUCUUAACCAGUUACAUGUACACAACAGACAAUAUUGGAUAGUCAUUUUUUUUUCUUUAUAUAAUAUC